ACUCUCGCAUGUGUCCCAAUCUUUCCCUCUCGCCAACAUCCCAAUCAUGCCCCCUGACCUCUAUCCCAAUCAUGCACUCUCGCCGGUAUCCCAAUCAUGCCCUCUCGCCUGUAUCCCAAUCAUGCCCUCUCGCCUAUAUCCCAAUCAUGCCCUCUCGCCUGUAUCCCAAUCAUGCCCUCUCGUUUGUAUCCCAUCAUGCCCUCUUGCCUGUAUCCCAAUCAUGCCCUCUCGCCUGUAUCCCAAUCAUGCCCUCUCGCCUGUAUCCCAAUCAUGCCCUAUCUCAUGUAUCCCAAUCAUGCCCUCUCGCCUGUAUCCCAAUCAUGCCCUCUCGCCUGUAUCCCAAUCAUGCCCUCUCGCCUGUAUCCCAGUCAUGCCCACUCGCCUGUAUCCCAAUCAUGCCCUCUCGCCUGUAUCCCAAUCAUGCCCUCUAGCCUGUAUCCUAAUCAUGCCCUCUAGCCUGUAUCACAAUCAUGCCCUCUCACCUCUAUCCUAAUCUUUUCCUCUCGCUUGUAUCCCAAUCAUGCACUUGCGCCUGUAUCCCAAUCCUGCACUCUCGCAUGUGUCCCAAUCUUUCCCUCUCGCCAACAUCCCAAUCAUGCCCCCUGACCUCUAUCCCAAUCAUGCACUCUCGCCGGUAUCCCAAUCAUGCCCUCUCGCCUGUAUCCCAAUCAUGCCCUCUCGCCUAUAUCCCAAUCAUGCCCUCUCGCCUGUAUCCCAAUCAUGCCCUCUCGUUUGUAUCCCAUCAUGCCCUCUUGCCUGUAUCCCAAUCAUGCCCUCUCGCCUGUAUCCCAAUCAUGCCCUCUCGCCUGUAUCCCAAUCAUGCCCUAUCUCAUGUAUCCCAAUCAUGCCCUCUCGCCUGUAUCCCAAUCAUGCCCUCUCGCCUGUAUCCCAAUCAUGCCCUCUCGCCUGUAUCCCAGUCAUGGCCACUCGCCUGUAUCCCAAUCAUGCCCUCUCGCCUGUAUCCCAAUCAUGCCCUCUUGCCUGUAUCCCAAUCAUGCCCUCUCGUUUGUAUCCCAUCAUGCCCUCUUGCCUGUAUCCCAAUCAUGCCCUCUCGCCUGUAUCCCAAUCAUGCCCUCUCGCCUGUAUCCCAAUCAUGCCCUAUCUCAUGUAUCCCAAUCAUGCCCUCUCGCCUGUAUCCCAAUCAUGCCCUCUCGCCUGUAUCCCAAUCAUGCCCUCUCGCCUGUAUCCCAGUCAUGCCCACUCGCCUGUAUCCCAAUCAUGCCCUCUCGCCUGUAUCCCAAUCAUGCCCUCUAGCCUGUAUCCUAAUCAUGCCCUCUAGCCUGUAUCACAAUCAUGCCCUCUCACCUCUAUCCUAAUCUUUUCCUCUCGCUUGUAUCCCAAUCAUGCACUUGCGCCUGUAUCCCAAUCCUGCACUCUCGCAUGUGUCCCAAUCUUUCCCUCUCGCCAACAUCCCAAUCAUGCCCCCUGACCUCUAUCCCAAUCAUGCACUCUCGCCGGUAUCCCAAUCAUGCCCUCUCGCCUGUAUCCCAAUCAUGCCCUCUCGCCUAUAUCCCAAUCAUGCCCUCUCGCCUGUAUCCCAAUCAUGCCCUCUCGUUUGUAUCCCAUCAUGCCCUCUUGCCUGUAUCCCAAUCAUGCCCUCUCGCCUGUAUCCCAAUCAUGCCCUCUCGCCUGUAUCCCAAUCAUGCCCUAUCUCAUGUAUCCCAAUCAUGCCCUCUCGCCUGUAUCCCAAUCAUGCCCUCUCGCCUGUAUCCCAAUCAUGCCCUCUCGCCUGUAUCCCAGUCAUGGCCACUCGCCUGUGUCCCAAUCAUGCCCUCUCGCCUGUAUCCCAAUCAUGCCCUCUUGCCUGUAUCCCAAUCAUGCCCUCUCGUUUGUAUCCCAUCAUGCCCUCUUGCCUGUAUCCCAAUCAUGCCCUCUCGCCUGUAUCCCAAUCAUGCCCUCUCGCCUGUAUCCCAAUCAUGCCCUAUCUCAUGUAUCCCAAUCAUGCCCUCUCGCCUGUAUCCCAAUCAUGCCCUCUCGCCUGUAUCCCAAUCAUGCCCUCUCGCCUGUAUCCCAGUCAUGCCCACUCGCCUGUAUCCCAAUCAUGCCCUCUCGCCUGUAUCCCAAUCAUGCCCUCUCGCCUGUAUCCCAAUCAUGCACUCUCGCCUGUAUCCCAAUCAUCCCCUUAAAUCAGUAUCCCAAUCAUGCCCUCUCGCCUGUAUCCCAAUCAUGCCCUCUCGCCUGUAUCCCAAUCAUGCCCUCUUGCCUGUAUUCCAAUCAUGCACUCUCGCCUGUAUCCCAAUCAUGUUCUCUUGCCUGCAUCUUAAUCAUGCCCUCUCGCAUGUAUCCCAAUCAUCCCCUCCUGUCUGUAUCCCAAUCAUGCCCUCUUGCUUGUAUCCCAAUCAUGCCCUCUCGCCUGUAUCUAGACAUGGUCAAAACGCGAUGCGAUGCGAUAUGUUAAAAACAAAACCGAAAUGGCAUAUCGCGUUUUAGGGGGCGAUAUUAAAAAAUAUCGCCUAAAAAAAGCGAUGCAUCGCGCGCUGCGAUAUAAUAUCGCAUCGCAUUUAGGGGCCACUGUUUUCCCGCCCUAAAAAUACAUGUUCCCACACCACAGGGCACGACAAUGGUGGCUCUCCUAGGUUCGCGCGGAAUUAGGUAAGUGAAUUGACGGGAGAUGGUAAUAUCGUGGUCCCUCUCUCAUGUGGAGCGUGUUUGAGGGGACGGGGUUGGAUUCUGUAGAUGCAGGGGAUUUUAGUGCGGUUGAAGUGGUGGAAAUUGGUUGGAGUCCAACCAAUUGACUUUGGGGGUCGAGAUUUCAGUCCAACCCCCUAAAUCCCUUCAACUGCACACCACCACAUCCCAUCCAGAAAACCCACUCGCCCACCACACACCACCAACCAUAACAAAUUUGAACCCCCACCAAAAUCCCCUCCCUCAACCACACUGCACUCCUUCCCAUUUAGAAUUUCCAACCCUUCCUCUAAUGUUCUCCAAGCUCUGCUCCUCACACAAACUCCUCCCCCCAAACCGCCGCUUGCCAUUUCCGCGCAUCAUUCAGCAUCACCCCAAGAGAAACCUAGACUAGCUCACCUUCUAUUUUUGCUAAGUUCAGGGCCCUCGCCCAUGUAGGUACGGCUUCGCGCAACUGAUGCAGUCUCUGUCAAACUGGCUUCAUGCUUCUCAGCUAUGCCACAUUCAUGUGAGUCCCUUCGUUGGGCUGAGCUGCGGCGAGUCGACCGACCGCACUCGAGGGAAACACUUGAUUAUGUUUGUAACCUUUCUGCGUGAUGGGCAUGUUGUGUCUGAGUUCAACGCCUUGCUAACAGUGGAACAGUGCGAUGCAGCAUCUAUUCAUGCCCUCAUUCAGGAACAUCUAGCCAAGAUUGGCGUGCACCCCGACAAGAUUGCCGGCAUCAGCACUGAUGGCACUGCUGUCAUGAUGGGCUCCAACACCGGCCUUGUCACUCGUGUGCGUGCCAUGUCACCGUGGCUAGUGUCCUGCCACUGCAUAGCUCACAGGGAGGCCCUCGGUGCGAAGGAUGCUGCAACUGCCGUUCCAGAGCUAGCAGUGGUCGACAAGCUCAUCCGGACCGUUGCUGAGUUGCUGGGUCGCUCUGGAAACUGGCACGCGCGCUUAAAAAAUCUCCAAGACGUCUUCACCCAGGCGAAUCUCGAUAUGCAGGGUAUGUUCAACAUACGCUGGCCAUCUCGAGGUGAGGCGAUCGCCCGCCUCGUCGACGUGCUACCAGCUGUGGUCAUUCUACUUCUUGAGUAUGACCAGGAGAUGUACAACAUCGUAAAGAGCUACAAGUUUCACCUUUUCCUCUACUUCCUGACUGACAUGCUUGGCUUACUGAACAGCCUCAACAAAAAAUUCCAAGCCCGCCAGGUUGGUUCCUUGCAUGGUCCUAUUCUGUUUGUCUAAUCGUGUGUCUCCCUGAGCUAUCUCCCCAAGCCCUCUCCUACCACAGGUCGAGUUGACAGUCGUCCAAGGCCUUAUCAAGAGGAACGUUGUCUACAUCAAGCAGCGGUACGUCGAGUGCGGCAGCAACUUCGGGGGCGGCAACUUGCCGCUCCUCACUGCAUUCAUUGAAGCGCACCGCACCAGCCGCGCCGUCACCAUUGAGGGAUGCAAGUCCGACGGCACAUCAAUCGUGCACAAGUUUGACAUGCACGACGAGCGCCCUGGCGAGGACCACGACGAGUGUAGCAGCAUCUGCAUGAUAUUCUCCAAGGUGACUGAGCAGAACAUCGUUGAGCAGCUGGGAGACCUGGAGAAGCUCAACGGGUGCAUACUCUUCACCCUGGAAGCAUGGCCGCCAGGGAGGAAGGAGCGGAACAGCCAGUGCAUGGACUGGCUGUAGAGCUUGUUUGACCUCUUCCGCGCAGCCGGGCGUCGGGAGGUUCUGCCAGGUGUUAACAAGAGGGCGGCAACCAGGGAGCUGCAGACCCUCAUCUCCCUGCUCAAAGACGCUCCCGUGGGGGAGCGGAAGUUCUACAAGGGGCUGGCGGCGAUGCUGAAGUCGGAUGACUGGACAAAGGCCUUCCCAAACCUGGGCCGCCUAUGGGUUGCGGUUGCAGUGCUGCCACUGUCUAUGGUGGAGUGUGAGCACGGCUUCAGUCGGCAGAACAUUAUCAAGAGCUAGUGCCGAGGCAGCCUAGGCAACGCCACACUCGAAAACCUCAUGAGCAUGGCAUUGCUCGACUACAAGCCUGAUUGGGAGGAGGUGGUGAAGGUGUUUCGAGGGAAGAAGCGGAAGCAGUUCUCCACCCGCAUCCGCCCCCGAGGUCGGGUGAAGAGCUUGAAGGGGAAAGAAAAGGUGGUGGAGGGGCGAGGGGAGGAUUUGGAUGAGGGGCCAGAGGAGGAGGUGGAAGAGGAGCUGGAGGAGGGGAACGAAGAGGAAGACAAGGAGGGGAGAGGAGGGGGGGUUGGCGGAGGAGAGGACGAUGAGGAUUUCUGGCAUGCAGCAGAGGGUGAGGAGUGCAGCAGCGGCGGAAGUGAGUCGGACAAAGACGAGGAAUAGCAGGUGGACGAGCAGCAGCAGCAGCAGCAGCGUCAGCUGCAACACCAACAGCGGCAGCAGCAGCGGCAGCAGCAGCAGCAGCACAUGGAGCAGUUGGGUGCAACAGGAAGAGCAGUAAGAGCUCUAGCAGCAAGAGUGGCAGCGUCAGUAGUAGCAUGCGGCAGUAAGUCAACACAAAAGGCAGCAGCAGCAGCACCAUAGGCUGUGCUUUUCUGGAACUGUUAUACUACCAAGUGUGUACCAUGAAAACAAUAAAACAAACUAGUCAAAGUUCAGUCU